UAUUUAACUUUUUUGAAACUUUUGAGAAUAAAAACGAUCUGUCCUUGAUUUUUGCCCUCCUGGGCAAGAACAGUUUUCUAGUGGCAACACCUCAACACCUUGUGAUUCAGUGAGGUAAGGAGAGGAGAACUUCAGUGCACUUGUCCUCUUUUGUCAACACCGUUUGUGGGUAAGAGUUGGUAAGAGAGUACUUGUGUCCUAAAUCAACAACCCAUGAUGCCCUCGUUAGCUCUUGUGACUGGAAUAUUGGUACUGCUCAUGGCAGCGUGGACAGGUUGUGCUUCGCCGACUCCGGCAGGGUCAGUGGGUGCGGACGAGUCUAUGCAGGGGCCAGCAGAGGAGAUCCAGGCAUCCUCCUGCCCAGCCUGUGUUCUAGCUCAAAUGAAAAGGGAGUCCCCGGAUUUGGUACCCAGCACUGGCACUGACUUGGGUUCCAUGACGACAGGACAGACUGACAUGGUGGAGGCGGUGAAGAGGCACAUCUUGAACAUGCUCCACUUAAGUACACGGCCCAAUAUCACGCACCCCGUCCCCCGGGCUGCCCUCCUUAAUGCCAUCAAGAAGCUCCAUGUGGGCCGGGUGGGUGAAGACGGAAGCGUGCAGAUCCAGGACGAGGUGGAUAGAUCGGACGAGGGACUACCGCCUGAGCCACCUUCUGAAAUCAUCACCUUUGCAGAACCAGGGGACUCUCCAACCAGUGUGACCUUUGAUAUAUCGAAGGAAGGGGGCAGCCUGUCUGUGGUGGAGCAAGCCAAUGUUUGGAUCUUCCUCAAGCUGCCGAAGGGCAACCGUGGCAAGGGCAAGGUGACCAUCCAGCUCCUACAACGUCAUCAUCUAAAGGGCCCUACGUUGGCUACUACCAACUUGGCUCAAGAGGAGGAGUCUAUAUCUGAGAAGACAGUUGACACCCGCCGCAGUGGUUGGCAUACAUUACCUGUAGCUCGCAGUGUGCAACACCUCCUAGACAGUGGUGGCAGCGUCCUCAGCCUGCAUGUGUCUUGCCCUCUGUGCGCCGAGGCCAACGCCUUGCCAAUCUUGGCCCCAAUGACAGGCGAGCAAGGUACGGAGAAGGAUCAAUCACACCGACCCUUCCUCAUGGUGGCGCUGCGGCCAGGCGAGGAUCACCCCCACCUGCGCAACAAAAGGGGUCUCGAAUGCGACAGCAAGAUCCGCAUCUGCUGCAAACGGCAAUUUUACGUGAACUUCAAGGACAUCGGUUGGAAUGACUGGAUCAUUGCUCCGUCAGGUUACCAUGCCAACUACUGCGAGGGCGACUGCCCAAGUCACGUGUCAAGCUUCACAGGGUCCUCACUCUCCUUCCACUCCACAGUGAUCAACCACUAUCGCAUGCGGGGCUACACCCCCUUUCAGAACAUCAAGUCCUGUUGUGUUCCUACGCGGCUACGUGCUAUGUCCAUGCUCUACUACAACGAAGAGCAGAAGAUUAUCAAAAAGGACAUCCAGAACAUGAUUGUGGAGGAGUGUGGAUGCUCAUAAAAGACAUGGAGGCUUGAUAAGAGACUUGUGUAAACCAGUGACUUGGAUGAGAAAAGGGACAAUCGUUGCCAUUUUUCCUUUCAAAAUGCUAAUGCUUGUCUGUCUUCAUAAAUGGGAUCUAAGUUGUCUGAUAUAAAGGUCUCUAAUAUAUUUUUGUUAAAGAGAGUAGAACAAUGGAAUUUCUCUGUAAAAUUGAAUUUUUAAAUUUCUGCACUGCAAAGAAAACUGAGUUUAUAAGGAACCUGAGAACACUAUGCAACUAAUCAGGUGUUAUGACUUGAGGUCACGCCCCGUCCGCACCCCCCCACACACACGCUGAAACACA